UCCAGAUGGGAAAAAGGUAGUUUGUCACCUAAAGACAAAACAAUUCAUUUGAGGGACAGUGCUGCAAAACAGAUGUGACAGAGGUCAUCCAUCAGUCCUUACCACUUCUUCAGAGAUGUUCUUAUGAGGCCCAAUUAGGUACGGAGCGAGGAAAGGCUCUGCGAUCCUGCAGUUGGCAAAAAAUCCAUAGAAUGCCAGGACUGCAGUGGGAUAAGCCCAGUCAGAGGACUUCAGCCGGGCCCAGCACCCCAUCUUUGUCACCCCUGCAAAAAACAAAACAAAAAAAAAAAAACCUGUCCAAGUUGCUGUCUUUUUUCCAGGCACCUGACACACUUCCUCAGUCAGUUCAUCAGUAGCUCGACUAACUAAAGAGUGCGAUGUGCAUGUCUCACUUUAUGGUCUUAGACUUUCACCUUGUUAGGAAAGCCAAAGAUAGUGCUGCCUUUAAUAACACUACCAUGUCAAACUUUCUUUCUUCUUUCUGUCUUUCUUUCUUAGUUUAUUUCGAACAUGAGCACAUUUACAACACAAUCCAUCAGACAAUUCAUAUCACCUCACAUCACAUCAUGUCCGAAAAGGAGUAGGAAGAAGCAAAGCUUUUUUAAUCCUACACCUUUCCCACGUCAGAGCGCCCACAAAUAUAUACAUUCAUCUACUGACUCUUUUUACAACAAAAUAGUAAAAUGACAUCCGUGAAUGAGUAAUACAACAGUUCUGUAACAUGUAAUUAAAUAAUUCAGUCAUUACCAACAUACUAAGAUGAAGAAUAUCUUAUUUUCAAUAAGGUUGAAAAUGUUUCUCAUAAUUCUUCUUCUUUGUACAUUGUAAGCACUAUUAAUUUGAACAGGCUCUUAAACUUGAUCAUAUCAGUACAAUGUUUAACUUCUUUACUUAAUCCAUUCAAUAAUUUAAUUCCGGAUCAGGCCCGCAAACAGGUUUUAUCCGUCCCGCGGGAUGAGUUUGCUAAAUAUACACAUUAACCUAAAAUUUUUGAAUGAAAGAAACAGCUCUUCCAUCAUGUCUGAUCAUGGUUUUGUGUGAAUAUGCUGCCCUGAGCAUCCCCGAUCUUGUUGGUUCUCAAAGCUAAACAGUGUCUGUCCUGGUUAGUGCUUGGAUGGGAGACUACCUAGGAAUACUAGGUGCUGUUUGACCUUUGGACUCUUUAAGUUCCUUUUCUUUUUCACUCCAUGUUUUGUCACCAUGACGACCAAUCAGUUCACCUGUCAUGUCUCACACCUGCUUUCAAUCACCACAUCUCUAUUUAAGCCUGUCAUUUUAUGUCGGUAGUCCUGGCAUCAUUGUUUCUUUUCAUGCUCUGUCCGUGCCAGUUUUUUCAUGCCAAAGUCCUUGCUACUCUUGUCCAGCCAUAGUAUUAUCCUGGAAUAUGAAACAAGAGGCUUCUUGAGGACUAAAUCCAUCGACCUUUUGGAUUUGACGCUAAAUAUAUGAAACAAGAGGCUUCUUGAGCACUAAAUCAAUCGACCUUUUGGAUUUGACGCUAAAAACCAAGCCUGAUGAGUUAUUGGAAGAGAUCAUGGAAUCGGAGCCUCUGAUCACAAAGUCCCGAGGCGACCAAGUCAAAAAGCUCAUUGUUCGACUUCAACAGAAGCAGAGGCAAGAGGACGACCACAGGUUCUGUUUUUCCAAGGAACUUAAAGCACACAUUUUGCCUCUGACUAACGUUGCGUUUGACAAAUCCGGGUCAAGGUUCAUAACUGGGAGCUAUGACAGAACAUGUCGAAUAUGGGACACGACCUCCGGCACGGAGCAGCACACGUUGGAGGGUCACAGAAAUGUGGUUUAUGCAAUAGCAUUCAACAACCCCUUUGGAGACAAGAUUGCCACGGGCUCUUUCGAUAAGACCUGUAAGCUGUGGUGUGCUGAGACGGGCAAAUGUUUCCAUACAUUUCGAGGCCAUGCGGCAGAAAUAGUGUGCCUGGCCUUCAACCUUCAAAGUACACUGGUGGCCACGGGCAGCAUGGAUGCCACCGCCAAGCUGUGGGAAGUGGAGACAGGGCGGGAGGUGGCCACUCUCACUGGUCACACUGCAGAGGUCCUCUCCUUGUGCUUUAACUCGAUCGGCAAUCAGCUGGUGACCGGCUCCUUUGACCACACUGUUAUUAUUUGGGAUGUUGCUUCAGGGAGACCCGUCCACACAUUGAUUGGCCACCAGGCGGAGAUCAGCAACGUUCAAUUUAACUGGGAUUGCUCACUCAUAGUCACUGGUUCCAUGGAUAAGACGGGCAAGGUGUGGGAGGCAGCCGGUGGCAGUUGUGUGGCUACGCUUGUUGGACACACGGAGGAGGUGCUGGAUGUGUGUUUUGAUUUACGAGGUCAACUGAUUGCCACAGCUUCUUCUGAUGGCACCGCCAGAUUGUUUAGUGCAUCAACAUAUCAGUGUCUAACAACCCUUGAAGGCCAUGGGGGAGAAAUCUCCAAGAUCUGCUUCAGUCCUCAAGGCAGCAGAGUUCUGACCGCCAGCUCGGACAAGACGGCCCGCUUGUGGGACGUCCAAUCGGGCGUCUGCCUCCAAGUCCUGCAGGGACACACCGACGAGAUCUUCUCCUGCGUCUUCAACUACGAAGGCGACGCCAUCAUCACAGGCAGCAAGGACAACACUUGCAGGAUCUGGUACUGACCCGUCCCCGGAGGCCGGUACCACGCAUCGCUUGACAUGGGGUUGGUGGUACUGUACAUCACUCUACCUACAUUUACUUCCAUCUAAAGGGGCCCUAAUGGAACAUUUGAUUCUUAAUAUUACUGUAAUAUUCUGCUUUGAACUACAUCGUGCUCAUCUAUACUCCUCCUUUAGUUCUUUUACAUUUAUGUAGCUCUGUCACACAAAGAAAAAAAAGCACUCAUUUUAUCAGUCAUUUGUCUGUUUCUUUAGUGCGAUGGAUUAUUGAGAACUUGAAUGAGUUCAGUAUUGUCAUCAAAUUUGCAUGAUUGGCCAUGACGCAUUAGCAAAAAGCAUCUAAAAGCAAAAAAAAUGUGUUAAAAAAAAACUUCAAACAAACUGUAAUGGUCUGUCACAAUGUCAACAAACGCCAUUGGUGGAUCCACACCUAACAUCCACACUGCAAAAAGUGACUGUUCAAAAACAAGAAAAAAAAAUACAAUAAUAAGGGUUAUUUUAUUUGAACUAAGCAAAAUUAUCUGCCUAUAGAAUAAGAAUAAGAAAAUUUGGCUUGUCAAGACUUUCCAAAACAAGUAAAAUGAGCUAACCUCAAUGAACCCAAAAAUACCUUAAAAUAAGUAUAUUCUCACUAAUAACAACUGUAGUAUUAAUCAAUCAACCAAUCAAUGUUUAUUCAUAUAGCCCUAAAUCACAAGUGUCUCAAAGGGCUGCACAAGCCACAACAACAUCCUUGGUUCAGAGCCCACAUAAGGGCAAGAAAAAAACACACAACCCAGUGGGAUGUCAAUGUGAAUGACAAUGAGAAACCUUGGAGAGGACCGCAGAUGUGGGUGAACCCUCCUCCCCUCUAGGGGAGACCGGAUGCAAUGGACGUCGAGUGGGUCUAGCAUAAUAUUGUGAAAGUCCAGACCGUAGUGGAUCUAACAUAAUACUGAGAGUCCAGUCCAGUCCAGUACUACUAUAUAAGUACAUGUUUUCUAUUGUUUCAGUGAAAAUAAAAAACGGGAAAGUCUAUUUGGCUGA